CUGUGAAUAAUACUUUUAAAGUGUUGCUUAAUUUCAGUCCCCACGCUCACUUGUCAUUUCCAAACACAUUAUGUAAAUAAUUGUGGAAGGCAGUGAAAGCGUAAGUGUUUUGCUCUGCUUGUACAAAAAUGGUCAGGGCUUUGGAGUUAGUAAAACCAUUCUUUUCUAGGUAUAUUGUGAGCCGUGUUCAAUUUUAUUUUCAUUUCUGACUUCUCUGCAUCUUGGUUUGCUGCUGUCUGCCACUGGAAUGCUGCAGGUAGGGAGGCUGCUCUGCUGGCCACAUACUUCUUUUUAGAAUUUCAGUUUGAAACUUUGAUACUCUGACAGAAAAGGUUCUGCUCCCAGUCAUGCUUUGGCUUCACUCUUAUGCAGCACUUCCAAUGUGCAUGCAGAGUUAAACGGGUUAACAGUUUACAGAAUGUCUUUUAAUAUAUCAUGUAUAAGUGGACUACAAGAGGCUGUACACUGGUAUGACUCAUAUUCAUCCAUCCGUUAUCUAUACAGCGCUUCAUCCUCUGUAGGGUUGCGGGGGUGCUGGACCUUAUUCCAGCUGACUUAGUGCAAAGGCAGGAUAUACCCUGGACAGGUUGCCAGUCCAUCACAGUGCCAACAUUCUUUCUAGCAGAGGUGUCUCCUCUGAUGACUAAAAGAAGUCAGAUAUUGUAUAGAAGUCUUUGAGAAAAUGAGCCUAUUUCUUCCUGGUAUCACAGUAAACAUUUUCCAAAAGUAUCUGUGGUCUCAACGUUCAUUUGGUAAAUUAUGGUCCCAUUUCGAGUUAAAUAGACAGUCUGACUUGUGUUUGACGGUUGCUACCAUAUCCUUGUGUGUAUUGUCCUCAAGGACAAGACAAUUGACCUUCAUAUUGUUAUGACUGCGGUCGUUAUUGUAGUUUCCUGUGCUGCGUCUGUCCUUUUUAUGUCCCCAUCAUGUAUGCAAAUAGGGCUGCGCCGCACCACGGCCACGGUUGGUCGCCAGGAUGACGGCUCGGCACUGGAUUGGUUGGCUGUACCAAGAAGACCGCGAUAUAAAGGCGGAACCGUGACGUCGUCUCCGGGUCAGAGGGCGUGGCUACAUCCUACCCUGCUUCCAACCUACACGUCAGCACACUUGGGUUCCAGUGAUCAGCUGUGAUUUAGGGAUUUAAUAUUGAGUGAUCGCAGUGAGCAGCCACCUUUUGUUUAACCGGCUUUUUCUCAUGUUUAAGUUAGGAUAGGGAGGUUAGACUUUGUUGUUCUUUUUACCUUUUGUUUUUGGCAGAUCAGUUUUGGGUUAAUAGUUUAGUGGCUUUUUGUUUGUUGUUUUUGGUUUUGCUCACUGUCGCUUUCAGUUACCAGUCCCCAUUGUUUCAGUUCUUAAAAUUUGUUGAGAAAUAAAUACCUAAAUUUUAUGCGAAAACGUGUGUUGGAAAUGCUUGGGACCAGGGGAAGGAUGCCUCUUCGUGUAACGCACAGUGACCCCUAGGCUGGGCGUAACAUGAAUUGGGGGCUCGUCCGUUGCUUUUUUCGCUUAGUGUUACGCUUAGUUAGAGAUGCAGACCGUCUUGGCUCAACAGCUGGUGGACACAGGUGUGCUUCCUGCUAGAGCUGGCAGAGUAAGACGCCACCGCAGGUGGAAGCAGUGGGGCCUGAGGUUCCCGGUGAAGCCCCUGCUGGUCUGGAUCACAAACCUGCCGCUGGUUCUCUGGUAGGUUUGGCUACAGAGGAUCUCAGCCUAACUCUGGCAAUUAAAGAAGCUGAGGUGAGAAAGCGACAGCUGGAAGUGCAGGCGAUGCAUCUCCGCAUCCGAGCUCUGGAACUGGAGCGGGACCAGCCUGCAGCUCACCCGUCAGUGUCCAGUCAAAGUGCUGCAUCUGUGUCAUCAGGUGGGUUUGACAUGAGCAAGCACAUUGCAUUAGUUCCUCCGUUUCGUGAAUCUGAAGUCGAUUCUUAUUUCAGCGCUUUCGAGCGCAUAGCCGCUGCUUUAAAAUGGCCCACAGAAUUUUGGUCCUUGUUGCUGCAGUGCAAACUUGUGGGUAAAGCACAAGAGGUCUGUGCUAGUCUGUCUAUAGAGCAGAGUUUAGAUUACGCCACUCUGAAAAAAGCUGUGCUGCAGGCCUAUGAACUCGUUCCUGAGGCAUAUAGGCAAAAAUUUAGGAAUCGUGAAAAAAAUGCCAACCAGACCUACGUCGAGUUUGUACGCGAGAAAAGCGUUUUGUUUGACAAGUGGUGUCAAGCUUGUAAUGUUAAAACUCUGGAAGAGAUGCGCGAGUUAAUCCUGAUUGAGGAAUUUAAAAAAUGUUUGCCGGAGCGCAUCGUGGUGUAUCUGAAUGAACAGAAAGUCUUGUCCGUUACGAACGCAGCUGUCUUAGCUGAUGAAUUUAUUUUGACGCAUAAAAGUGUAUUUUCUCCACAGUCAUCUCGUGGUCAAAAUGUGUAUGAACGGAGAAACCGAUCACCGAAGCUUGCGCGGAGAAAUAUUCCCACGGUUGCCGGUGACAGCCGCGAGUGUUAUUACUGCCAUGAGUGGGGUCAUUUAAUCGCAGUCUGUCCUGCUCUGAAAAAGAAAGGUCAGUCUAAACCUAACAAACCGCCUGCUGGCGUUUGUCUAAUAAAAACUGUGACUUCUCCUGAAGUGCGUUCUGUGCAUUCUGAAUGCAAAAUCUCUGACGUUGAUGCUCGUUUUCAGCCGUUCGUUACUCAGGGCUUUAUUUCUGUGACCGGAGAGGGGAAAAAAGUACCGAUAAAAAUUCUCCGUGAUACGGCAGCCUAUCAUUCGAUGAUGUUAAGUGAUGUCCUGCCACUGUCCAACGAGACUUCGUGUGGUUCUGAUGUGUUAGUGUGGGGUAUUGGGAUGACUGUACUGAGAGCCCCGCUGCAUGUGGUGUAUUUGAAAUCACCGCUGGUGACAGGACCGGUAAAAGUAGCCGUGUGUUCGCGGUUGAUUUUAGGAAACGUUUUUCCUCACCCCGUGGUUACCGAUGUUCCGGUGCCCGCCUCGUCCUCGGCCACUCCUGCUGACCUCUCUGAACCACAUCUGUUCCCUGUGUGCGCUGUUACACGCGCACAGGCUCGUAAACUGGGUGACAUUGUGAAUUUGUCUGAGUCAUUCAUGACUACUUUAGAUGAGAAUGAGAAAUCUGAUGUGACUGACAAAAUUGUAAAAACUGAAAAUAAGUCCAACUGUAAAAAUGACACAUCUCUGUUCCCUAGUGACGCAGAGUUAACUGUGAAUGUGAACCGUGACAUGUUGAUCACUGCUCAGAAACAUGAUCCAUCGCUAGCUGUGUGUUUUUCUUCUGUAUUCGCUACUGACAGCACAUCUCCUGUUUUCUUUAUAGAUAAUGGAGUUCUGAUGAGGAAGUGGAGUCCUGACUCUGAUGAAUUACAUGUUGUUAAUCAGGUGGUCGUGCCAAAGGAAUAUCGCCCUCAGGUUCUCAGCAUCGCACACGAUUCCUGGUUAGCAGGUCAUUUGGGUGUCAAGAAAACUUAUCAGGGUGUGUUGCGCAAUUUCUUUUGGCCUGGUUUAAAAACCGACGUGGCCAAAUACUGCCGAUCAUGCCACACAUGUCAUCUAGCAGGAAAACCAGAUCAGCCUGUUCCGCCAGCACCGUUGCAUCCUAUUCCUGUGCUUGGGGAACCAUUUGAACGUGUGUUGCUGGACUGUGUGGGGCCUUUGCCAAAAACCAAAUCUGGGCAUCAGUAUAUUUUAACAAUUAUGUGUGCUGCUACUCGCUACCCUCAGGCGAUUCCUUUACGCACGCUAAAAGCUAAACCCAGGGAUGAGAAUUUUCCGCGGAUCCGCGGAAUUCCGAGUUUUUUUCCGCCGAAAGUAUAGUUUUUGUGAAUCGUGUAAAUCCGUUGAGAAAAUUGUAGGGGGGGGUAGGGGUAGGCAAGCGGCCGGCCGGCCGACGCGUCGAGAGCCGAGGCUUGUGAUGGCCAUCCCGCCACCGACAUCUUUCGGCAACGCGCAUUGCAAAAUCAGAUACAGCUGUGAGAACGGAAAUCGGCAUUGCUAUCUGUAAACAUCACUCGCUAUUUAUGUUAAUGACAACAUCCGCCUAUUUUCGGCAGCAAUUUGGCGCCAGUUUCAUCUGAUUGUUUCCUUCCACAUGUUAAAUUUCGCGGAUAUGCAAGCACACGAUAUUGUUGAGUUUUGAUCAUUUCUGGUGCGUGGAUACG